CAUCUGCUCGUAUGUGUUGUCGGUUAUAUGUGUGCGCGAAGUGAUUUUUUUUUAAGAAGCGAAAUCUAAUUGGAAUUAAAUAAUAUAAAGUGAAAUGGCAUAUAAAAAAAAAUAAAUACCAAACCGCGCGUCGGUCGACCCCAAAAAAGGAUCUGCAUAUGCAGGUCAGGGCGACGCAACGCAACGCACAACUGGCGCUUCUUACAUAAAAGCUCAAGCUCCAAGCCAUACUCAAAGCUUUCGCUCUCACCAUAGUAAGCAGCGAGCAGCAGCAGCCGAAACAGUAACAACAAUAAGCAAGGGGGGAGCAGCUGGUGCAGCUGCUGCUGGCCGUAGCUGUAAAAUGAGCGUGUUCGAUGAUUUUCAACGCUUGUGGAUGCAACGGUUUCCACAAAGCUCUCUAUCCGACGACUGGGUGCAGGAUGUGCGCGGCAGUCUCGAGCGGCACAAACUGAAAAUUGCCGAGCUGGGCAAGGAGCUCGAACAGGAGACACUCUAUGUCGAAUAUCUGGAGCGAUUGCUCUCCGAUGUGGAGAAAUAUCGAGAAUCAGGCGGCGAUCCGACAACACUGUUCGAAUCAGCCACCGGCAAUCCGGCAGCAUCGCAUGCACAGCAAUCGCCCAGCAGCAGCAGCAGCGGCGGCGUCGCUGCCAAUGGCGCAACUGUGGGCGCAGGCGCUGGCGCGGACAAAGACUAUAAAUCUAGUUUGAAUCUGCGCGAGGCGUCGAGUGCGUCAUCGGCCAACAAGGACAAGGACAGGGACAGGGACAGGCUGUCCCUCAGCACAGACAACAAAUACACACACACACAAAAUGACAGCGGGGGCGGGGGUGGUUUGAGCUCAGCACCACCCACGGGCAAGCGCAGCAUGACGGAGCACAGCUUCGAGCGCGAGGACAAAAAAGACAGCGGCAACGAGAAGGACGCGAACGGAGCGCUGCAGCAGUGCAUCACCGAGCUGGCGGCCUCCAUUGGCAGCGGCGCACUCAAAGCCAACGAACAAAGGCCGCAGCCAGCAGCUGCACACGGCGAUAGCAACAGCAGCAGCAGGCAGGUGGCACCCGGGGAGGCGACUGGCAUCCAUGUGGACGCGCAGAAGGAGCAACAGCAGCAACAGCAGCAGCAGCAGUCGAAGCCGUUGCGCAAAUCGACAUCGCACUUUGUUACCGUCAUCGAGGUGAAGGAGGCCAAAGACAAGGACCACGAUGAUGCUGGGCAAGCGCUGACGGUCAAUGACCACCAGCCGACGCCCCCAUCGACAUUCGGACGUUAUACGGAGCGCAGCAAGGCCGCCGGCACGGAGGCCACAGCGCCCCCAUUGUCGCCAUCAAUGACAUCGCCCGCCAUGUCCGCCUCAUCGUAUGCCGCGCAUCUGGAGGCCAAAAAGAAAAUGCCACCCAGACCGCCGCCAAAGAACAUACGACGCGUGGAGCCGCCGACCAUUCCCAGCCAGCAGCAGCAGCAGCAGUUGUUGUCGUCGUCGCCGAAGCGGGAGACACCCUAUGCGGGCAGUUCGAUGCCGCUGCCGAGCAGCAGCUCUGGCGAGAGUCCGGCCAGUUCGCUGGAGCGCAACAUCAAGCCGUCGGAUAUACUGCGGCAGAAGUCGUCGGAGAAUCUGGAGUCAAAAUAUGCGGCCAAUAGAAAGACAACGCCCGAGCUAAGCAAGCUGGCCAAUACGCCCGAGCUGAUGGAGGAGCUGGGCCGCAAAAUGGUUGGCAAAACGGACAGCCUGGAGCAUGCAAAACGCAGCGAUGGCGGCGGCGGCGGCGGUGGCCAAAGUAGCAAUGGCGGCAGUCUAGGACGCACUUCAUCGACGCCGGCACGCGCUUUGACGCCAGCUGGUCGCGGCACUGUGGGCGCUUCGCCGACGGGCAGCCUCAACAAGACAGCCAAACUGGCCGCAGCGGACAGCAGCUCGACAAGCAGCCUGGAGAAGAAGUCGCGCGUCUCCCUGCAGGCCAGCGAUGCAGAGCUGCCGUCUGGCAAUGCACAGCGCAGCGUCGGCUCCAAGGAGUCGCUCGCAUCCCAAGGCAUUUCGGAGGUGAUCAAGAGCUACGAGUCGGUGUCAUCGCUUAGCUCGGAUAGCGCCAAGGCGGCGGCACAGCAGGCGGACAACGAGCCCUACUAUGACAGCGUGCCGCUGGACAAUGGCGAUGGGGAGUAUGUGUUCAUAAAGCCCGGCCGCACCGGCUCCUCGUCUAGUCGCGAUGAUUUAUCCACGCCGGGCAGCACCUUGCCCAUGGCACAGUUGAGCAGUCAGACGAGCGUAACGGAUCCCGAAUCUCCAGGCCGUACCUCCAACUAUGUGAACAUUGAUUAUUUCAUUCAGAGCAACGAGACGCGCUCCAGUUCAUUGGACAGCGAUGGCGAGUACGAGGGUCCGCCCAUAUUGCGCACCAUUUCGCAUGAUGAACAACAAACCACAUCAACAUCCACAUCCACAUCACAGACGCCCGGCGUCCUGCGCAAGAACUUAGUUUCAGCGAUACUCCUCUCGGGGAAUGCGCGCGGCGCCAAAAUACGUUCCAUACUGAGCUCCAUAAUACACAGCGAGACGAUCUACGUGGAAUGCCUGAAUAAGAUGAUACAGUACAAGCGCGCUAUACACGCGACGCUGGGCACAUCACAGCCUGUGAUCAAGGAGGAGGAGGAGAAUACGAUUUUCUUUAAAAUCGAUGAGCUGCACGAGGUGCACACAGCCUUUCUGGGCGAUCUAAAGACAAUUGUGGCCCACGAGGGCGGCGAUGUGCUGAUCGGGGAGCCGUUCAAGCGUCUGGCGGACAUGUUUGAUCUGUAUAGCGCCUUUCUGCAUAACUAUGGCCAGGCGAUCGAUACCGUGAAGAAGUGCAGCGCCAAUAAUCCGCAAUUCAAGAAGAUUGUUUCCACUAUUGUGGUCAAUCUGCAGACGGAACAAUCGCUCACGCUGGAGGAUCUGCUGCACAAGCCGGUGGCACGUGUCCAAAUCAAUGCGCUUGUCUUCAACGAUCUGUUGCGUGAGACGCCGCCAAAUCAUCCGGAUCAUCAGCCGUUGCGGCAGGCCCAGAAGAUCAUACAAAUGUUCCUCAAUCAAUUCAAUGUGGUCAAUCAGCGAUUGCCCACUGAGUCGAAUCGCAAUCUGCGCCGCAUGGUGCGCAAUUCAUUUAUUGUGGAGCUGGUCGAUGGGCAUCGCAAGCUGCGGCAUUUGUUCCUCUUCAAUGAUGUGAUUGCGUGCGCCAAGUAUAAGGCGCUGGGCAGGGAUCGCAUCGAUUAUGAGCUCAAAUGGUUUAUACCACUCAAGGAUGUCAACGUCUACGAGGAGACCGAUACGAGUGCCGACCUCAAGGAAUCUAGUCCCGCGAACAUAUCGCAAGUGAAGCGCAAUCUGCGCUCGGUGCGCGAUCAGCUUAUACUCGAGGCGAAUGGCGUGCGCACCGGCGACAAAUAUCGCCGCAAGCUGGCCGAUCUCGAGUCGCAGCUGGUGCUGGCCACGCCCAAUCUGGUGCUGCGGCUGGGCAAUAAGGCCAACAAUAAGACAAUGACCUUUUUCCUCAGCUCCGAUUUCGAGCGCACGCAAUGGAUGGACUCGAUUAUGUCGCUCAAGCAAAAAUGUAAUCUGCCUGGAGCCAAUACGAUCAACUCGCUGGAGGUGACCGCCUUCAUUGUGGCCAUGCAGAAGGGCAUGAAGACUGAAAUGGGCUCCUAUCUGAUGCGCAAUACGAACGAUGAGAGUCUGCUCGUUGGGGAUCUGCAUAUGGGUGUGCAGGGCCUGCAGGGGCUCGAGCAGCCGGCCGAUCUGUACAUAUGCAUCGAGGUUGACUCGUAUGGACAUUAUUUCCGCAAGGCCACCACCAAGAUGAUAUGUCGCAGCCAGUCGCCGCUGUGGAACGAGAGCUUCAUGCUCGAGCUGGAGGGCAGUCAGAAUGUGCGUGUGCUGCUCUACGAGGCCAAGGAGCGGCCGCUGCUGCGUGCCAAACACAUACUCAAGCUGAGCCGCAGCUGGCUCUCGGAGACGACACAAACGCGCAACAUUAAGCUCAGCGAAACGCUAGAGCUGACCGCCAGCUUCCGUUUUGUGCCCGGCGAGCUCUGUCGCGCCACCACCAAGCCGGGCGCGCUCUUUGGUGCCAAAAUGAGUCAAGUAUUAAAGCGCGAGAAACGCGACAUUCCGUUUAUCAUCUGUGCCUGCAUACGCGAAGUGGAGCGACGCGGCAUGCUGGAGGUUGGCUGUUAUCGCGUCAGUGGCUCCGCCUCCGACCUGGCCAAGCUGAAGAAGGCGUUCGAGUCGGAUGCCUACGAGGCGGAGCAGCUGCUGCGCGAGGUGGACAUCCACUCGGUGACGGGCAUACUGAAGACAUUCUUGCGUGAGCUGCCGGAGGCGCUCUUCUCGGAUCUGCUCUAUCCGCGCUUCUUCGAGACAUUCAGCACGUUUAGCAACAACAACGAAGCCACACGCAUCAAUGAGCUGCUCAAGGUAUACGAGGAGCUGCCGCAGGCCAACAAGGCCUCCAUCAAUCUGAUACUCGAUCAUCUAAUCAGGGUGCACGAAAAGGAGGCGGAUAACAAAAUGUCGCUGCACAAUCUGGCGAUGGUGUUUGGUCCCACAUUGCUGCGACCCGGACAGACGCAGGUGAAGCAAAAGGAUCCACUGGCCGCCAGCACUGUGGAUGUGAUGGCGCAGGCGGGCAUACUCUAUUGCUUUCUGCAGGCGCGCAUCAAAAAGGAUUAAAGCUUAGCUAUUGCUAAGACAACAAAUAUUUAUAUAUAUACAGACACACACACACACACAAAACAUAUGUAUAACUAGAAAUGGCCUAUGCUUGAAACGCCGCUGCACACACGAAACCCGCACAGCCCAACAACACACACUUCUACAACUACACACAUACACACACGCACACUCAAAUGCUGAGGAUUGUACAUAACUGGCGCAUAGCUGGCAUAGGAAUUUGCGUGGAGCUGCAGGCGAUUUGUUAGCUGAACUAAGUAACUGAACAAAGUGCUCAAGGCGGGCCAAAA